UGGUGGAUGCGUACACAGAAUUUACAAACAUCUGAUGUUUGUUGUUGUGCACAGGUUGUUUUAGCGGCAAUUAUAGCAUUGUUAUCAUUGAUAGACAAUUUUCAAAGACAACGGGACGUCGGAAGUGCAUUCUUUGUGGAGUUAGCAGUGAAAAAACUGAGGCAACCUUCCACAGGUUUCCUAGUGAUAAGAAAAAACAAGAAGAAUGGUGCAUUAUCCUCAAUAUUGACAUAAAUGAUUUACCACUUCAUGCCUUUAUUUGCGCAAAUCAUUUUCACAAAAGUGAUUUAAUAGAAGGCAAAAGAACUCAACUAAAGCAUUCAGCAGUUCCAUCAGUAGAGCCUUUGAGGCAAACAGAUGAUUCCAGUGAUGAGGAGAAUGAAAUCAAUCUUGCCCAGGAAAUUGCCCUAUAAUCCAACUUAAGCUCCACAAUAAAUGUAAACACCAUUACAAAAAAAGCACCUACGCCACUGGUGGAAUCAGCUGUGGUCUGCACAUACACAGCUUAUUGUUUGUAUUUGUUCUGAAUU